ACGCGCCGGCAUUCAAAAGAGGGCGGGGCCAGAAAGGGAGGAAGGACGGGCUCCUCUGAGUGGCGAUUGGUUGGCGGGGAGGAGGGGGGCGGGGCGGGCCGCGGUGCACGUCGGGAAGCAGCUUCUGGCUUAGAGACGCCUCAAAAAAGUAAACAAGGGUGGGUGGCUGAAGGUGGUGUCCGCGCGAUAAACAUGUGCGGGGCCUCCAGCCCAUCAGCUUCCGGUGAUGGGGACUCCGGCUAUAACGAGCAGGUCCGUCGAAUUCAGGUGCAGCUACGAGACAGUGAAACAAAGAGGAUGGAAUUGGAACGAAAAAUGCUGAAAUAUCGUCAAUCUGAUGUCUGCUUAUCUAAGCAGAAACACAUGAUGCUUAAGAAAUACUUAAAAGAAAUAUGUGAACGUCAGGAAAAAUCUCUGCUCCGAAACCAAGAUUUGUUGAAAGAAUUUGAUUGUAUUGAAGCUCAUAUUAGAAAGUUUGCUUCAAGGUCAGAGUCUCUUCAAAAGCUGAAGGCAGAGUAUGAAAAAAAAGUUAAAAGUAGGCUGGAACUUCAGAAACAUAGUACAUUAAAAGAUGAUGGGGAAGAUAAUGUUAAACAGCUGGUGAUGUCAGAAGCAAAACAAGCAGGAGUUAGCACCAGAACAGCCGUGUCAAGAGGACUGUAUCACACAGCAACCAUCUUUAUGGGUCGCCAAAUGUCAGCUGUCUCAAACACCGAAGAUUUUGCUGCGCUGCAGAAAUCUUCGCAGCUCAUAAAGAGCUUUUCAAUUUCUGACCCGCAUGCACAUAGGCAGCCAUCGCAGAGUAGCGACAUGAUAGACAGCUGUGUAGUGCAAACUAAUAGUGAUCUACAGUGCUUAAAUCAGUUUGACAAAACAUAUGGGAAGACAUAUCUGCCAGCAAGUGCCAAAAUGCCACUCACAUCUGGCGUAUCAUCUGAGAAUGGGAGAACUUGCUGCAUAACGGUUGAACGCCCGGCAAAUAAUUGCAGUCGUAAUUUAUUGGAAAGCAAAGCAUCUCCUGAAGUUAACACCCUGUUGCAUGGAAGAUUAAGUCCCGAGAACAAAGCCAUCAGUUUAAAAAACGACAGUUUCUGCAGAUCUGUGGGAGAAGUACUGACACAUGCACACUCUGCACUAAAUGACCAGGGAUCUAAGAGGCCAAUCUCACUGGUGUUUCACCCUGAGGAAGCUGUUUCUGAAAACGAGUACUCAAGAGAGAAAUUUUCAGUUCUGGGGGACAGUCUGCAGCUUGCCAGUGGUGCACAAGUGGAGGAAAACAGAAGUUCAGAUGAAAGCAGUGACAUUACAGUAUCCUUGCGCAAGGAGGAGGAGGAGCCAUUAAAGCAGCAGAAAAGAAUGGGGGAUGUCAGCAGCAAGACCUCUUUAGAGACAGCAAAUGCAACACACAACAAGGAAGAAGGACCUCAGUGUUCUCAUACCUCCAACGCAGAAGCACCUCCUGAUUCCCUAGCCAGGGGAUGCCUGUCCUUUGAAGGAUUCUGUUCUGUGUUGCAGUACAUAGAAGAGAUGACAGCUGGUGUGGCUUCUGAUUGUUUUAUGCUGUACGAGAGCAAACCUGUGAGCUCAGCAGAGCUGGAGGCUCUUAUAAGCAUCUGUAAUCAAACUGGCAGCUUGGAACAAGAAGACCUUGAGGUAUGUGAAGCACUUGUCCUUCAUCAGCUUCAGAGAUUAUUACAAAGCACAAUGAAUGGAUGCCUUUUACCAGAGGAAGCACUUAAUGACAAAAGUGGGAUGCUGGGUGAAAAACAAGCCAGGCCUGAAUUGUCAUCUUAUUUUGCAAUGAUAUGGGAACGUUUAAACGCACAUGCCUUGUUCUUGAAAGAGCACAAUGUUUUACUCACACAAGAAGUGAAAGACAUGUUGGCCACCUUACUGGUUUUGGAGAGAAAUAAGCAAGAUGGCUUGGUUAUGCCAUUAUUGAAAGAAAACUGUUCAGAAGAAUUUGUAGAUGAAUCAUCAUCUUGCAGCAGUGCAACAUCUUGUAGUUCACAGACACACAAAAACAAAAUAAAGCACAGAAAUCAUGCACAACUGGUUGGUAGUAAUGGUGCAAAGGAACACGAAGUCACAAACUGGAGUGAAGAUGAGAGCAAGGAAGAAAGCUUGGUGAAAAAGAUUCCUCUUUCAGAUUUGAAUACUGAUGGCCAUAGUGUAAAAGAACAGAAAAGCAAUGCAACCAGUUCAGAAGCUAGUUUUUCAUAUCAAGAAAAAAGAAGCCCUUUGUCAAGAGAUGAAAGCCAAAAAGGAAAGGUGACCACAACAAAAUCAAAAGCCUUUUGGGGUGAUUCUGAUGACAGCAAUUCUGAUAUUGAAGCAGCUCUGCGUCCUCAAGUGCACAGCUCACAUGAAGAUGAUUUUAGUGACUUCUAUGAUUGAGGGGCUGCAACUUGUGCAAACAUAUGAUAAACACCUCUCUACUCAAAAGUGCUUCCCCAAGUGGCAUUCUCACCCAUCCAGAGUUCCAAGCACAUAUUUGCAAAUGGAUGUAAUGUGUAGUCCCAUGAUGAGAAACUUCAGAUUAUGCUUCUGCUCUAAUGGAAAUGUUUGAAAGCCACUACAAGGAAGUAAGCCUGGAGCAGGGAAAAGGUCAAGUACUCUUUUCCUCUUCAGCUCCUUCUCCCUCCCUUUGGGAAUGGCUUUAGUUUUAAAAGGGUCAUUGGAUGACUGUUACAUGUGUUUGUAUAUAACUUGGCCUUGACUUCACUAACGAUUUGUAUAUGGGAAUUAACACUGUAAUUUCACCAAUCAUACAUCCAUAUGAUAUUUCUGUCAUCUACAGAACAUUGUCUUGCAGUGGACUUCUUGCUGUCCUGUCUCUUCUAUAAUAAAAAUUGUGCUUGGAAGCCUA